AUGAAGAGUUCGCCAAAGGUGGGUCGUCUCGAAGAAAUGGCCAAGUUUGUGAACACCCGUGUUUUUGAACUUGUAACAAAGAAGAUGGGAGAUGACAAAAAGGUUGUGGAACAGAAGGAUGUAAUAAAUGCAGAUAGAAUGAAGCAAUGUUUUAAGACAAUCACGAAGAAAGUGAUUCAAGGUGUACUAUCUGAACACCUUACGUCAAAGAUCGAGCAUAUCAAGCUGUUCGAGGCGGAAGGCUGCGUGAUGAUGCCGAAAUGGUUGUGA